AAGUUCAUAUUAUGCAUACAACAUUGCCAAUAAUACACUCACCCAUAUGAAAAGAAAAAACAGAGAAUCUAUUUUCUCCAAUCAUCACCUUCCCAAUUUCUCCGAUCAUCUCAAUUCGAGGGUGACCAACUUCACUGUCAUCCUCCUCCACCGUCACAUAUUCGGAGAAUCCUAAUUCGACACCUAUUCAACCAUGGAUGUUGAUCCUCGCCAAUACGACAACAUUGCUAUAAAUGAAAAAGACGUUUCCAACAUUGUUCUGUCAUACCUUAUACAUAAUUGCUUUGAAGAGUCAGCCGAGUCAUUCAUUGCCAGCACUGGGUUGAAGAGGCCUACAGAUUAUUUGGAUAACAUGGAGAAAAGAAAAAAAAUCUUCCACUAUGCACUGGAGGGAAAUGCACUUAAGGCUAUUGAGCUCACUGAGCAGCUGUCUCCGGAAAUUCUUGAGAAGAAUACGGAUUUGUUGUUUGAUCUUCUAAGCCUUCAUUUUGUAGAGCUUGUCCGCACUAGGAAAUGCACAGAAGCUUUGGAGUUUGCUCAGACCAAGUUGAGCCCUUUCGGAAAGGAGGGAAAAUAUAUGGAAAAACUAGAAGAUUUUAUGGCCCUUCUCGCUUAUAAGGAGCCAGAGGAUUCCCCAAUGUUUCAUUUGCUAAGCUUGGAAUAUCGUCAACAGUUUGCUGAUAGUUUGAAUCGAACUAUCCUUGCAUACUUUAACCUUCCUAACUACACAGCAAUGGAGAGGCUUGUACAGCAGGCCACAGCAGUUAGACAAUGCUUAAAUGAGGAGGCCGGAAAGGAUGCACCUCGGCUAUUUUCUUUGAAAGAAUUUAUUAAAAUGUGAUGAUCUUCUAGAAAUUGUGGAUUUUAUGCCUGAUUAUUUUAUGUUGGAUUAUGUAAUCAUAGGUGUAACUAGAUUGCAUGUCCGUGCGUUUGCACGAGUCAUAUAUAUUUAUAUAUUGAGAUUGUACAAUA